AAUUCCUCUCUGUUUCUGGAUAUGCAUUUUUGUGCACAGACUUUUCUGCCUUGGGCCUCUUUUGUCAGAUAUUGCUCAUCUGUGAGUUGAGGUCCUGAGUCCCUUCCCACAAAAGGAAGAGUCAUCUCUCUCUGAAGAUGAACUCAACGGACCACCUUCAGGAUGCUUCCAACACCACUUUGCUACACGUGCCUCGCUCCCAGGGAGGAAACAGCACUGUUCUCCAAGGGGACCUCCAGGACCUCAUCCACACGGCCACCUUGGUGACCUGCACCUUUUUACUUGCAAUCAUCUUCUGCCUGGGCUCUUACGGCAACUUCAUUGUCUUCUUGUCCUUCUUUGAUCCAGCCUUUAGGAAAUUCAGAACCAACUUUGAUUUCAUGAUCCUGAACCUGUCCUUCUGCGACCUUUUCAUUUGUUGUGUGACGGCCCCUAUGUUCACCUUUGUGUUGUUCUUCAGCUCGGCCAGUGGCAUACCAGAUGCUUUCUGUUUCACCUUCCAUCUCACCAGUUCAGGCUUCAUCAUCAUGUCUCUCAAGACCGUGGCGGUGAUCGCCCUGCACCGGCUCCGCAUGGUAUUGGGGAAGCAGCCAAACCGCACGGCCUCCUUUCUGUGCACUCUGCUCCUCACUUUGCUCCUCUGGGCCACCAGCUUUACCCUCGCCACCUUGGCCACCCUGAAAACCAGCAAGUCUCACCUCUGCCUUCCCAUGUCCAGUCUGAUUGCCAGAGAAGGGAAAGCCAUCCUGUCUCUCUACGUGGUCGACUUCACCUUUUGUGUUGCCGUGGUCUCUGUGUCUUACAUCAUGAUUGCUCAGACCCUGCGGAAAAACGCUCAAGUCAGAAAGUGUCCUCCAGUCAUCACAGUGGAUGCUUCCAGACCACAGCCUUUCAUGGGGGCCUCCGGGAAGGGAGGUGGAGAUCCCAUUCAGUGUACCAUGCCGGCCCUGUAUAGGAACCAGAAUUAUAACAAACUGCAGCACGUCCAGACUCAUGGAUACACCAAGAGCCCCAACCAGCUGCCCACCCCUGUGGCCAGCCGGCUCCAGCUGGUGUCUGCUGUCAAUCUCUCCACAGCGAAGGACUCCAAAGCGGUGGUCACCUGUGUGAUCAUUGUGCUGUCCGUCCUGGUGUGCUGUCUUCCACUGGGGAUUUCCUUGGUGCAGGUGGUUCUGUCCAGCAACGGGAGCUUCAUCCUUUACCAGUUUGAACUGUUUGGUUUUACCCUUAUAUUUUUCAAGUCAGGAUUAAACCCUUUUAUAUAUUCUCGGAACAGCGCAGGGCUAAGAAGGAAAGUGCUCUGGUGCCUCCAAUAUAUAGGCCUAAGUUUUUUCUGCUGCAAACAGAAGACUCGACUUCGAGCCAUGGGAAAAGGGAAUCUCGAAGUCAACAGAAACAAAUCCUCCCAUCAUGAAACAAACUCUGCCUAUAUGUUGUCCCCAAAGCCCCAGAAGAAAUUUGUGGACCAGGCUUGUGGCCCAAGUCAUUCCAAGGAAAGCGUGGUCAGUCCCAGGAUGUCUGCUGGACAGCAACACUAUGGUCAGAGCAGCUCCACCCCCAUCAACACUCGGAUUGAACCAUACUACAGUAUCUAUAACAGUAGCCCGUCCCAGGAAGAGAGCAUCCCACACAACUUACAGCCAGUAAACUCUUUCGGAUUUGCCACUUCAUAUAUUGCCAUGCAUUAUCACACCACUAACGAUCUAAUGCAAGAAUAUGACAGUACUUCAGUCAAGCAGAUUCCAGUCCCCUCCGUUUAGAGUCGUGGAGGCUGGAGAAUCUUAUGUAAACUGUUUUUGUUUCUGAUACUAACUGAAUUUUAAAAAAUUUUGUGAGAGCAGUGGUACAUCAAAACUUAAAGACCUAGACAGUUGACACUUAGGAUUUUCUUUCUUCUCAAGUAAUAGCAUCUUUUGACUUGCUCUGUGGUUUCUUGACACUUUAAGAGUUGGUAUAAAUGUUUAUUAGAUUUUUUUUACCCUGACCUGUGCUCCAAUCUUUUGUACUAAACUUUUAAACAGAUGCCAGGAAAUGAUCAUGCUACUCUACUAAAGUAGGGAACGAAGUGAUUAUGAUCAUUUGAGUCAAUGCUAUGUGUCUGGAGUAAAUAUGAGCUGGAUUUUGUUUUUUUGUU